GCAUAAAAGCGCGAGCCUCGGACUUCUCUAUAAAUAUUCCCAACCCACCAAACAACGCUCUCUGAUUUCCAUACCAAUUGACUGUCAAACAGAACCUUCUCUCUUUCUCUCUCUCUUUCGCCUAGCGCCAUGGAUCCCUACAAGUACCGUCCCUCAAGCGCUUACAAUUCACCCUUCUGGACUACCAACUCCGGUGCUCCGGUUUGGAACAACAACGCGUCCUUGACCGUUGGAUCCAGAGGUCCAAUUCUACUCGAGGACUAUCAUCUGGUGGAGAAGCUUGCACAGUUUGAUAGGGAGCGGAUCCCAGAACGUGUUGUACAUGCUAGGGGAGCCAGUGCGAAGGGGUUCUUUGAGGUCACCCAUGAUAUAUCUCACCUUACAUGUGCUGAUUUCCUGCGAGCCCCUGGGGCUCAGACACCUGUGAUUGUCCGUUUCUCCACUGUUAUCCAUGAGCGUGGUAGCCCUGAAACCUUGAGGGAUCCUCGUGGUUUUGCAGUGAAGUUUUACACCAGAGAGGGUAAUUUUGAUCUUGUCGGAAACAAUUUCCCUGUAUUUUUUGUCCGAGAUGGUAUGAAAUUUCCAGACAUGGUCCAUGCUCUCAAACCCAACCCCAAGUCUCACAUCCAGGAGAACUGGAGGAUUCUUGACUUCUUCUCUCACCAUCCAGAAAGUUUACACAUGUUUACCUUCCUAUUUGAUGAUCUGGGUGUUCCACAAGAUUACAGGCACAUGGAGGGUGCAGGUGUUAACACCUAUACGCUAAUCAACAAGGCUGGUAAAGUGCAUUAUGUGAAAUUCCACUGGAAACCCACUUGUGGAGUCAAGUGUUUGUUGGAGGAUGAGGCUAUUAAAAUUGGAGGAGCUAAUCAUAGCCAUGCUACGAAGGAUCUCUAUGACUCAAUUGGAGCUGGCAACUAUCCUGAGUGGAAACUGUACAUCCAGACAAUUGACCCUGACCAUGAGGACAAAUUUGACUUUGACCCACUUGAUGUGACCAAAACCUGGCCUGAGGACAUUUUGCCCCUGCAGCCAGUUGGCCGCUUGGUCUUGAACAAGAACAUUGACAACUUCUUCGCCGAGAAUGAACAACUUGCAUUUUGCCCUUCCAUUGUGGUUCCUGGUGUGUACUACUCAGAUGACAAGUUGCUCCAGACUCGGAUCUUUUCCUAUUCUGAUACUCAGAGGCACCGUCUUGGACCAAACUACCUGCAGCUCCCAGCUAAUGCUCCCAAGUGUGCUCACCACAACAAUCACCAUGAGGGUUUCAUGAAUUUCAUGCACAGGGAUGAGGAGGUCAAUUACUUCCCCUCGAGAUAUGACCCUGUUCGUCACGCUGAGAGAUUCCCCGUUCCUCCUGUUGUCCUCAAUGGAAGGCGUGAGAAGUGCAUGAUUGAGAAGGAGAACAACUUUAAACAACCAGGAGAGAGAUACAGAUCCUGGGCACCAGACAGACAAGAGCGCUAUAUUUGCCGAUGGAUUGAUGCUUUAUCGGACCCCCGUGUCACCCACGAGAUCCGCAGCAUCUGGGUCUCAUACUGGUCUCAGGCUGACAAAUCUUUGGGUCAGAAGCUAGCAUCUCGUCUUAAUGUGAGGCCAACCAUGUGAAGGGUGAUGUAAGCUGGAUGUUUUGACUUGAAGAGUGGAGUAAGAAAGACUAAAUGUGAGAGGAUACCAGUCAUUUGGAAGGACAAAUCUGUGUUAAUCCUAUUAGCUGUGUAAUAUCAUAUACUCAACUUGCAUGCUGUGUGACUCGUUGACCUGAUGUUUCAAUCUAAUAAAAUGCCGGUUUAUGUGCAAGUUUUAUAAAUAUUUCUUGAUUUUGUUUGCACCGUCA